UUGAAACUUUGAAAGAAAAGGGAGUAAUGGCAGUUGCGGCAGCCGUACACCACCGCGGUUAUCUUACCUCGAAAUUCCGCUCCUCUUCACCGCCGUCGCCACCCAAAAUAGCCGCCGAAAUUAGAGGCAACACCACUCCUCCGCCACCAAUAUCCAUAUCCACAAACCCAGCACACGUGAACCUUCGUCACCUCAGAGAGCUGUACGCCAUCUGCAACCACUCCUGCCACCGCUUCCCCACCGUCGACGCCGCAGGCAGGGUCGAACCCGUCGAUCCGGCGAAGCUCCACACCGCCGUUUCCCACAGCUCCGUCGUGGUUUCCGCCUUCACCAAGCCCGAAUUCGUAACCACCCAAUCUUCUACUCCGUCGAAUUUCAUCGGCGUCGGUGGAGAUUGGAUAAGCAGAGUGGCCGCGCCGGUGACGCCCGAAAAUGGACGGCUGAUAGGGUUUGGCCGCGCGGUUUCCGAUAUGGGAUUCACCGCCUCAAUCCAUGACGUCAUGGUGCACCCUGCUUUACAAGGUAGAGGAAUUGGUCAAAUGAUAGUUCAAAGAAUCACAAGAAUGCUCACUAGCAGAGACAUAUACGACAUAGCUGCACUUUGCAACGAUGACGAAAGGCUAUUCUUUAGAGAGUGCGGAUUUGGGUACGAUGUGCUGGGAUCUACAACAAUGACGUAUACACGUUCCGCCUCCAAAAACGAGCCGAUGAUAUCUGCUGGUAGAAGGCUACUCUUAGUUCCCCCUGCAAGAGGACUCACAAAAUAGUAAUAUUUUUUUAAUUGCACAAAUUCAGGCUUUUUCAAGCACUUGUGUUUUGAAACAUUUGACUAUUUUGUAAUGCAUUUGUAAAAGUCAUUUGUUUAGGGAACAAAAAGGUAAAGCUUCUGUAAUAAAUUGUUUUGUUUUUUUU